CGAGACGUACCAAGGCUAUAUGAACGACUUCUCAGAUGCCCGAUCGCAGACCGCUUGAAAGUAGCUCUUAGUAGCCAAUCCGAACGCAUUAGGCGGGACCUACCAGAAUACGGGUGGGGGAAAAAAAUUACUCUUCAGAGCGGUGACCUCUCUCUUGGUUGCGUGCGCACGCUCGUGUGUGAGUUUGCGCGUGAGCUGGGCGCUGCUGCUGCGUGGUGCUGGAUUAUGGCUGCGUCGAAGCCCGUAGAGCCACAGUCCGGGAGUGGGCUACCCCGCUGGCAGCUGGCACUUCUCGUAGGGACUCCUAUCGUCCUCGGCGUCGGAGCUGUGUACCUCUGGAACCGAAGCCGUGGCAAGGACAAGCAAGGGAAACGGAAUGGAGAGAGGAAAACUCCCGAAGGAAGCGCUAGCCCCGUUCAGGGCCAGCUUGGUGCGACCAACCCAGAGCUGGAAAACAUGAGUCCCCUUGACAGAGCACAGUCUGCUAAGAAUAAGGGCAACAAAUACUUCAAGGCUGGCAAAUAUGAGCAGGCGAUCCAGUGCUACACAGAAGCCAUCGGCCUGUGCCCCAAAGAACAGAAGGGGGAUCUAUCCACCUUCUAUCAGAACAGAGCUGCAGCCUUUGAGCAACAGAUGAAAUGGACAGAGGUGAUACAGGACUGUUCUCAGGCAGUGGAACUGAAUCCUCGCUAUGUGAAAGCCCUUUUUAGACGUGCCAAAGCACUGGAAAAACUGGAUAACAGGAAGGAGUGCCUUGAAGAUGUGACGGCAGUAUGUAUUCUGGAGGCUUUCCAGAACCAGCAUAGCAUGCUACUGGCAGACAAGGUGCUGAAACAGCUGGGAAAAGAGAAGGCCAAAGAGAAAUACAAGAACCGGGAGCCCCUUAUGCCAUCUCCUCAGUUCAUCAAGUCAUACUUUAGCUCCUUCACUGAUGACAUCGUCUCACAGCCCCUACAGAAGGGGGAAAAGAAGGAUGAGGAUAAAGACAAAGAGGGCGAGGCCGCAGAGGUCGCAGAAAGCUCAGGCUACCUUAAGGCUAAGCAGUAUAUGGAGGAGGAGAACUACGAUAAGAUCAUCAGCGAGUGCACAAAGGAGAUUGAGUCUGGAGGCAGGUACACAGCUGAAGCUCUUCUGCUGAGAGCCACCUUCUACCUGCUGAUUGGCAACGCUACAGCUGCACAGCCUGACCUCGACCAUGUCAUCAACAUGAAUGAUGCCAGUGUCAAGCUGCGUGCUAAUGCUCUCAUUAAACGUGGAAGCAUGUACAUGCAGCAGCAGCAACCCCAGCUCUCCACACAGGACUUCAAUAUGGCUGCAGAGAUCGACCUCCGUAAUGCAGACGUCUACCACCACAGGGGACAGUUGAAAAUUCUGCUGGAUCAGGUAGAGGAAGCUGUGGGAGAUUUUGAUGAGUGUAUAAAGCUUCGACCAGACUCUGCACUUGCUCAGGCCCAGAAGUGCUUUGCACUGUACCGACAGGCCUACACUGGAAACAACCCAUCCCAGGUUCAGAAAGCUAUGGAUGGCUUUGAGGAUGUCAUUAGGAGGUUUCCAAAGUGUGCAGAGGGCUUUGCUUUGUAUGCACAGGCACUAACUGACCAGCAACAGUUUGGUAAGGCGGAUGAUAUGUAUGACAAGUGUAUUGAACUAGAGCCUGAUAACGCCACAACAUAUGUCCACAAAGGUCUAUUGCAGCUCCAGUGGAAACAGGAUCUUGAAAUGGGCCUCGAACUCAUUAGCAAAGCCAUUGAAAUUGACAACAAAUGCGACUUUGCUUAUGAAACUAUGGGAACCAUUGAAGUCCAAAGAGGCAACCUGGACAAAGCUAUAGACAUGUUCAACAAGGCCAUCAACUUGGCUAAGUCAGAGAUGGAGAUGGCCCAUCUCUACUCUCUGUGUGAUGCUGCUUAUGCCCAGACUGAGGUAGCAAAGAAGUAUGGGCUCAAGCCUCCCACACUAUAACUCUUGGUUCCUUCCAUUACAUUCUACUGCCGGGCCAGAGUACACAUCCCAUUACCCAAACAUGAGUUUUUGUUUUUUUUAACUUGAUUAUCAAUGAAAAGGAAGGCCAAACAGGAUCUGCUGCCAUAUGUUUACACCAGUUUUGAUUGGAGGACUGGAAAGUGGCACAGAAAAGCAUGGGGGAGUGGAGUAUGGAACAGCAAAAUGAAAAAAGAUUGAGAGAGAAAGAAAAGUGAGUGAGUGAAAGAGAAUGAUGGCUGCUCUUUUGGAUGUCAAAUCGUAAGUGGAUUAGUCCACAUCUUUAUCAAAUAUGGUCCAGACUAUCUUACAACUUACGAGCAGCACUCAUUUGCUUAUUUUCAGUCUCCCUUGCCAUGUGGUGUGACAAAUGUGAAUCUUUGAUUUAAUUUACUAUCAGCAAUGGACAGUCUACAUUCAGUAAUUUUACUUUAUUUUUUUUAAUUAUUAUUAUUUUGCUCCAAGAUGCCAGAUUCCAUAAGUUAAGUCAAUGAACACCGUCAGCAGGGACUGCAUUAUGGAUUCAUGGUUUAAUGCUGUAAUGUGCAGAAGUUUUGUCCUUCACUGUCAUAUGCUAGCAAUCUAUUUUCGUUAUUGUUGUAUGGGAAAUGCAGGAUUAAAAUUUUAGUUGACAUGUGUUUGUGUAAUAAAUCAUUCAGUUCUUAAUGUUUCACUGCUGUUGACGACACUGUUUAUAAGAAUUGAGUUAUAUCAAUCUAAAGUUUAAGAAAACGGACCACACAGUGAUUCCUUUUAGUGUUAGUUUACAUGGAGUUUACCGGGUGGGGGUUUGUUCUGCGCAACACCAGUGAGAUUUUUCUUUAAAAAAAAUAAAUCAACACAAGUUAUACAAUAAUAACACAGAUGUUAUUAAGCCUGCUCAAUGUAGAAAAAUUCUAAUUUUGGUGACAGAGUUUGCUAAUUAUUUUUUAGCAUAAGGGAAACUAUAAUCAAAGUAAUUUAGCCCUACUUUAAGCCAUGUACAAUAAUUUUUAUUCCAAGUGAAAGAACCUUACCUUUUCAUACUGAGGCACUAAAAUGAAAAGGAAAGCUUAGCUGUGUCAACGUAAUGUUGCAUGUUUGUGCAAAAUAAAAAUAAAAAUAAAAAUAAUGAACCAUUAACCUAAAGCAUUGUUUCACAAAAAUUACAUUCCUCUAGUUUUUCAACCUGCGCAUAUCUGAUUUUAUUUGCUUAUUUGCUCUGUGGAAUAAAAAUGAUAUGGAGGGAUAUUUUUGGCUACAUUCUUGGAAAGAAUAGAUCAUACAUUUUACAUCGAACAACAAAGUGCAACUCUGUCUUCAACUCUUCUAGACUUUUUUUUUCUUCUUUCAGAAACUACAUUCAUUUAUAAAGCCUUGUCUUGAGAACGUGAGCUAGUUGUAAAGAAGUGGCUUGACCUUAAAUAUAGCACACAGAAUCCAAAUUUACUGUGAAAACUUGGCUGUUAAUAUUUAAGAAACACUUUGUUUGGUUAAUCAGUUUGCAAAAAUGGUGUUUUUUCUUGAUAAUUAAAAAAAAAAAAAAAUUUAAAAUAAGUAAACCAUUUGCUCAUCAUAGCAAGACUUCUUCCCUAACAUUAUUCAUACAGACAUCUUCCAAACACAAAAACAAAAUCAUUUCUAUCUAUUAUUCACGUGCUUUAAAUACGUUUAUUUUAUCACGUAAAUAAAAGUCAUUCCAGACUGCUGCAUGUUUUAUGAUCUGCCUAGUAACCCUUAAUUAGAAUGACUGUUUUAAAAUUAACUUUACACUGCAGGCGAAUUGGCACCAUCAUCUAGAGGUUAUAAAUGAAUUUGUUGUGCUUGAUCUGUUACUGAAAGUAACUGUGCAAAAAGAUGCUUAGAGUUAAAAAAACAAAAACGAGAGAUGUAAUGUGACGUUGGUAAUGUUUACUGUGUGAUAAUGUAUUAUAACCUUAAAUAAAGAGAAUUGUUGUCAAUUACUCAUAAAGCUAA